UUUUCUGGAAGCUCCGUGGAGCUGAGCGGCCGGGGCCAUACGGGCGGCAGUGGGAGGAAAUAAAAGGUAAAGUGGAGGCUGCGAAGUGUUCAAGCCGCGGGGAAAGAAACGGAGAGUGACACUUGUGGUUUUGUACGCGAGGACUUGGACCGGUCGUCAGUUUUACACACACACACACAAACGGGAGGACUGUGUGUUUUAUGUGCGCACAGCCCCGAAGACACCAAGAGUAAACCCGCAGCUGUUUGGGAUGCGAAGAUCAGCGUAACCCACCUGGAUCAGCGCUGCAACCCGAACCUGAUGCACAGCAAUGCCUACCGGCUCAUUUCGCCGUCUAUAAGCACAGCAUUCAAACCGGUGAGCAGCCUACGUCGUUACCGGGAUCUUCGCACCGGUGAAGUAGUUUACUAUGUUGUUUGACAGCCCCGUGAGCUUUGCUUUUUGAGACGGGGGCACGCUACCGGGAAGCCGUGGGAAAGGCGGGGCCGAACCCGUGGACUCCAAAGCUGGAAUAUUGAGCUCUCCCUGUGCACGUUCACCCAAAGCGACGCAGCGAUUUUUAUUUUAUUUUUGGGGGGAGGGGGGGAGGGGGGUCAACGAAGGAGGCAACAACUGGGAUUUAGAAACCUUUCUUUUGCAACUCUUUCCCGACUACCCCGCUGCUGUCGACACGAACGGCGUUGUGUCAGUUAUUCCUGACACUGUCAUCUGCUCCUGGCCUUCGUUUCAUCUGUUUAGGAAUAUUAACUGAGGUUUGGGACGCAUUUUUUAGGGGUGGGGGCGGGGGUGGGAUAAUUUCUUCCCCAACCGGGGUCGGACUAUGGCGGACGACGACAUUCUCUUUGAAGAUGUGUACGAGCUCUGCGAGGUCAUCGGCAAGGGUCCCUUCAGUGUGGUGAGGAGAUGCAUCAACAGAGAGACGGGGCAGCAAUUUGCUGUCAAAAUCGUGGAUGUGGCCCAGUUCACCUCCAGUCCUGGCCUCAGCACAGAGGAUCUGAAGAGGGAGGCCAGUAUCUGCCACAUGCUGAAGCACCCCCACAUCGUGGAGCUGCUGGAGACCUACAGCUCAGAUGGGAUGCUCUACAUGGUUUUUGAGUUUAUGGAUGGAGCAGACCUGUGUUUUGAGAUCGUGAAGAGGGCAGAUGCUGGCUUUGUCUACAGUGAAGCGGUGGCCAGUCACUACAUGAGACAGAUCCUCGAGGCGCUACGCUACUGCCACGACAACAACGUCAUCCACCGAGAUGUCAAGCCUCACUGCGUGCUGCUGGCGUCCAAAGAGAACUCGGCUCCAGUGAAGCUGGGCGGGUUCGGAGUGGCCAUCCAGCUCGGAGAGUCGGGACUGGUGGCAGGAGGUCGCGUAGGAACUCCUCACUUCAUGGCCCCGGAGGUGGUGAAGAGAGAGCCGUACGGUAAACCUGUGGACGUGUGGGGCUGCGGUGUUAUCCUCUUCAUCCUCCUCUCGGGGUGCCUCCCUUUUUACGGCACCAAGGAGCGUCUGUUUGAAGCCAUCUGCAAGGGCAAAUACAAGAUGAAUCCCCGCCAGUGGAAUCACAUCUCAGAGAGCGCUAAGGACCUGGUGAGGCGCAUGCUGAUGCUAGACCCCGCUGAGAGAAUCACAGUCUACGAGGCUCUUAACCACCCCUGGCUCAAGGAGAGGGACCGGUACGCCUACAAAAUCCACCUCCCGGAGACCGUGGAGCAGCUGAGAAAGUUCAACGCCAGGAGGAAGCUCAAGGGGGCCGUGCUGGCCGCAGUGUCCAGUCACAAGUUCAACUCCUUCUACGGAGACCCACCUGAGGAGCUCCACGACUUCUCCGACGAUCCCACAUCCUCAGGACUGCUGGCAGCAGAGCGUGCCGUGUCUCAGGUGCUGGACAGCUUAGAGGAGAUCCACGCUCUGACGGACUGCAGUGAAAAGGAUUUAGAUUUCCUCCACAGUGUUUUCCAGGACCAGCAUCUACACACACUGCUCGAUCUCUACGAUAAAAUCAACACCAAGUCCUCUCCACAGAUCCGAAACCCCCCCAGUGAUGCCGUGCACAGAGCCAAAGAGAUUUCCUCCCAAGACGGAGCAAGUGGCGCUUUGAAACAUCUGGAAUGUGUGCUGGAAGAGAUCUCCUGCUACCCAGAGAAGCACGAGGCUAAGGAGCUCAGACGGAUACUAACCCAGCCACAUUUCAUGGCCUUGUUGCAGGCCCACGACGUGGUGGCCCACGAGGUUUACAGCGACGAGGCUCUGCGAGUGACACCUCCACCCACGUCACCCUUCCUGAACGGAGACUCCCCAGAGAGUGCCAACGGAGACAUGGACCUGGAGAACGUCACCAGAGUCCGUCUGGUCCAGUUCCAGAAGAACACAGAUGAACCCAUGGGUAUCACGUUGAAGAUGAACGACUCAAAUCACUGCAUCGUCGCAAGGAUAAUGCACGGGGGGAUGAUCCACAGACAAGGAACGUUGCAUGUUGGAGAUGAGAUCAGGGAAAUCAACGGCAUCAGUGUGGCCAACCAGACUGUAGAGCAGCUGCAGAAGAUGCUGAGAGAGAUGCGAGGCAGCAUCACUUUCAAAAUAGUACCAAGCUACCGGACGCAGGGCUCAUCUUGUGAGAAUGAGUCCCCCACCACUUCCAGACAGUCCCCUGCCAAUGGCCACUCCAGCAUUAACAGUUCUAUCUUGGACCUGCCAUCCACCAUCCAGCCCAAAGGUCGACAGAUUGUAUCCAGACCUCCAAUCAAGGGCAAAAUGUCAGUAAAGAUCUACGUGAGGGCCCAGUUUGAAUAUGACCCCUCCAAAGAUGAACUCAUCCCCUGCAAGGAGGCCGGCAUUCGCUUCCGUGUGGGCGACAUCAUCCAGAUCAUAUCCAAGGAUGAUCACAACUGGUGGCAGGGCAAACUGGAGAACACUAAAAAUGGCACGGCCGGCCUCAUCCCGUCACCAGAACUGCAGGAGUGGCGGGUGGCGUGUAUAGCCAUGGAGAAAACCAAGCAGGAGCAGCAGGCCAGCUGUACCUGGUUUGGCAAGAAGAAGAAGCAGUACAAAGACAAGUAUUUGGCAAAGCACAAUGCAGUGUUUGACCAACUAGACCUUGUCACAUACGAGGAGGUUGUGAAGCUUCCUGCUUUCAAGAGGAAAACACUAGUUUUGUUAGGCGCUCAUGGAGUGGGCAGAAGACACAUUAAGAACACCCUUAUAACCAAACACCCCGACAGAUUCGCCUACCCCAUCCCACACACAACCAGACCUCCAAAGAAGGACGAGGAGAACGGCAAGAACUACUACUUCGUUUCCCACGACCAGAUGAUGCAGGACAUCAGCAACAAUGAGUACCUGGAGUACGGCAGCCACGAGGAUGCCAUGUAUGGGACGCGGCUGGAGACAAUUCGCAAGAUCCACCAGCAGGGACUUAUCGCCAUACUGGACGUUGAACCUCAGGCCCUGAAGGUGCUGCGGACGGCCGAGUUUGCUCCAUACGUCGUGUUUAUCGCUGCACCAACCAUCACCCCGGGCAUUAAUGAGAUGCCCAGGUGGUGUCGAACGCUGCCAGAUGAGUCUCUCCAGCGGCUGCAGAAAGAGUCCGAGAUCCUGCAGAAGACCUACGCCCACUACUUCGACCAGACCAUCAUCAACAACGAGAUCGAUGAGACCAUCCGGCACCUGGAGGAGGCCAUCGAUCUGGUGUGCACCACCAGCCAGUGGGUUCCCGUGUCCUGGGUGUACUGACCUGCACCGCCUCACCCCCCCCCCCCUCCCCACUCCCAGCCAGCAAAAUCUCGGCCAUCUUUUCCUCUUCUUAACAACAAUAACGACACGGAAGAAACUAACAGACUGCGCUCGAUCGGAAACAACUCAACGUACUGUGAAAGCGACCGCAGCAUUCAAGCGACUCCAACGACCUGCAGCAGCAGACCGUCGGACUCUUGCCCUCGCAGACGACCUAGUCUCAUAGUGUUGUAUAAAAACAGAGUAAAAGUGAAUAUUGUCAUGUCUGUACUAGCUAGGAGGCAACAUUUUUGUAGAUGUUUGUUUUAAAGAGACAGUACCUGUCCAGGCCUCUCAUCGGUGCAAUGACCAUACCCCCCCCCACACACACUCUUGUCUGGCUGGUUGUUGGAGAAAGACACCGUCUGUCAGCAGAUGCAGUAAAAGCACACACACUGCAUUGUUUUUGUCAGCUCUCUCUCUUCACCUGUUAGUGCACCUUUGGACCAGCCAGGUACUGUCUCUUCUAAAUAAAUCCAUAAAUGUUUUAGAGAUUUGAAUGAGGUUACCAUGCAUGUGGAUAUUUGCAAGCUUCCAUGCUGUCAGUCAGUCAGUGUUCCCUGUGUCCCUCUGUAAACCUCCAACAAAGAAAAGAAGACAAAAAAAUAUAUAUUACAAAAUAUAAAAAAACAUUCCAGCUGUUUGGAAGACUGAACUCAGCCAAAAGGAAAAAAAUAAAAAAUAAACCAUGAGUGACGGAGCCGGAUGUUGACUUGACACCUAUGCACAUCCCUCGCAUUUCGGGUGACAUUUCUAAACAACAGAUUUAUAGAAUUACCGAUCAUGUAAGUGAGAUGUGUUUGUACAAAAAAAAAAAAAAAAAAAGAAAUAAUCGAAUAAAAGUUUUGAUUUUU